AUGCCAGCACCUGCCCCAAGAAACUACCCAGUUGGUGGCCAACGUGCUCCUACUCCCGAAGAAAAGAAGUGGGUCGAAGACGAGGAGCAUGCACUCAAAGGAAAACAAUGGUUUGUUCUCUUAGGCUCAGAGGGCAAUGAAGCCUGGAAGUGUCUUCACUGGGCGCUAGAUGUUCAGCCAAAGCCUGUUUUCCCUGAGUAUCCUGACUUGAGCAAUGAAUGGAUAUCCAACGACUUGUGGUAUGAGGAUAAAAUUCUCAUCCAGCGUUUCGGCGAACACGGCUUUCAGCAAACCAAAGACGCUGCUGAAGCAGAUGUCGAUUGUUUUAAGGACGCCAAGGAUAAUCUGCGGCACUUCUCUCGUAAACUACCUAACGGGACUUGGACGAGCAAGCUUGGAACAGGGCCACUCAUCAUCCACCCUCGGGAAGGUUUAGACGGGGGAUUUUACGGCACCCGAACCAUCUUCUUCAAGUACACCGGCGGAGCCGCUACAGCUCAAAGCUUCUCGGCUGCAAGUACUGUUGGUACCAUGGCUUCUCCCGCCCAGAAUAGUCCAACUUCUGAGGAUGAUCAGCUGGUCCAGAGUUUUGCGAAUCUGGCCAAAAAGCCAGCGCCUCGUCCUUCUCUUCCUAAGGCACCGACGGCAAAGCCUAUACCAGCGAAGCCAACUCCUGCCCCAGCGAAGCCAACUCCUACUCCAGCGAAACCGACACCGGCAAAGCCGACUCCUGCUCCAGCGAAACCGACACCGGCAAAGCCGACUCCUGCUCCAGCGAAGCCGACACCGGCAAAGCCAACUCCUACUCCAGUGACUCCCAAGCCUAAGCCUCCUCCAGCGCAGGACAACAAACUCAAACAGGAGUUCGACCAAAACUGGCAGGCAUACCUAAAGGCUCUGAAGAGACCCACCAGUCAUUCCGACCCACGUUCAUUGCUCGAAGUGCCCGAAUGGCAGAAGAUCAAGAAGCAAGGCCAAGGCGUUCUUCCUUUCCUUGUGGACUUGCUACGCACCUCACAACUUACGCCUCUUCUCAUACUGUGCAUAUUUGAUCUCGAUCCCAAGGAGAAGAUUCAGGGGACACUUGAGCAGAAGAAGGCUCAGAUCCUCAAGAAUAAUGCAGCUAAGACCAAGGAGAUCGGCAUUAAGAUGGAUGCCGUCUCUGCACAAUCCAGCAGCCUCCUGAAGGCCGGCUUUGAGGGUGCCAAGCUCACUGCCAAACUGCUGAAUGACCCGCUCUUCCACCAGAUUAUUAGCGAGGGCAUCGCCGCCGUACCGCACAUCCUAGACGCCUACUCCAAGGAUGGAAAGCACGGAGUAGAGCUGUACACUGAGAUGCUAAAGCAGAUAUACGCUAUUCAUGCUCAGAACGCUGACCCGGACGCCCAGAAGCAAGCGUUCGAGGACUGGCUUGAGAAUUACCUGCAGCCUCAGACUGAAUCUGAGCAACACGACGACGUGGAGCCUGCUGCAGAUGAAGUCGAAGAACAAUUACCCGAAGAGCCCGCUGCUCAGGAAUAG